AUGGCUCUAGGCAGGACGAGCGCGCCCAGUUGGCGCGAGAUGAAGGGGGCGGCCCGCAGGCCCACACAAGGGCUCAUGUGUCCUGUGUCUGGCCGAGGAGAGGAGGGGGGCAGCGGCCGACGACCUCCGACCCCCUUCCCAGCCCCACAGCUGGGCUGCGUCGUCGUGGGACCCCCUCUCUAUCCUGCUGUGCACAGAGUGAAGAGAGGUACUGCAGCAAUGGUGAAUCCUGUCUUUCAGAAGUCCAUCAAAGAUGUGGAUCUAUUGUAUAAGAUCUUAGAUGCAGGGCUUGAUUUUCCUGAAGAGCGUGUCUCUUUCCAUGUCCAUGAUGAGGAGCUGGCCUCCCUGCGACACACACACAUCCUAGAGGUCAUCUGUGAGGACUUCCUGCCCAAGAAGCUGACAGAAAUACGCCGCUUGACCUCUGCUCUCUCGCAGCAUGCUGGUGGCGCCACCCUGAGGCUGGAGGACUUUGAGCGCACUCUCCUGACGAUGGUCUACUCUGCCCACCACGUGGCACAAGCCUCCAGCCACCACCAGAGGGAGCUUUGGGCCGAGUCCUUUGUAGAGCUCUUCAAGGCUAUCAAAAGAGACCUGGCAGCGAAAUGACUACAGAUGAUGACCUGCGUUUAAUGCAAGGUCACUUGAAUGGGGCAUUGGACCCUCUUCAGUGUCAAAGAUCCAACUCAAGAUACCUUGUUUUAAGGUUUGAAUAUUGACAAACAUCCACAGAAUGUGUAGAUACAUCCAUAGAAAUUGGCCAUCUUUUUUUUUUUGUGUGUGUCAGACAAAUACAUUUUUAUGUGUAAGUGUGUAUGACAUAGUAGUUUCUAAAAUAAUGUUUAUCAUAAAGAAUUGUACAACCAGUGCACAAAGAAUCAGCUUUAAUCCAAAAGUCUGUAAAAGACAACACAUAGGCCACAAUAACUAUACAGAAUACGGUUAUACUUUACAUGAAGGUAUCUACAUAAGAGUGACACGACACUGU